GUCCUCUAAGGUGGCAAUUUUCCUGGGGCCGCGGAGGCGGUGACUCGGGGGCGCAGGUGGACAGGCCAGGCUGGCCGGACAGGCCCGGCGACGGCCUCGGGCGUCGGGAAAUGGCCGCGGGGAGCAGGAUGGAGGACGUCUUCAUUUCCCAGGUGGGACAAUUGUAAGAGGUAUUCAUGAGUGCUGACUUUUUUCCCCCCUCCAUGCCAGGGCCUUAUGUCUGUGCAAUUUUCUUCAGUCCAGGGCUCCUCUGAUCUCGCCCAGAGCAUGGAUGAUGACCCCCUUCUGGACAUCCAGUACCUCUCAUACCCACUACAAGCUCACUUUAGACCCAGCUUCCAGCCUCUUCCUACAGUCAUCAUAGCAAACCUUCUCCUGUUCAUACAUGUUGUGUUUGUUGUUUUAGCAUUUUUAACAGGCAUACUGUGUUCUUACCCUAAUCCAAAUGAGGACAAAUGCCCAGGGAACUAUACCAACCCAUUAAAAGUCCAGACAGUUAUAAUCCUUGGAAAAGUUAUUUUGUGGAUUCUGCAUUUUCUUCUGGAACGCUAUAUCCAAUAUCAUCACAGCAAAGUAAGAAACCGGGGCUACAACAUGAUCUACCGAUCGACAAGGCAUCUUAAAAGAUUUGCCUUGAUGAUACACUCCACUGGUAGCACCGCCCUUCUCUUCAUCCUGAGCAUACAACAUUCCUUUCCCCAGGCCAGCAGGUUGUAUCUUAACCUCAUUCUGGCCAUCCUGGCCCUGGAGCUGGUCUGUUCCCUGAUAUGUCUGCUCAUUUACACAGUGAAAAUUCGAAGAUUUAAUAAAGCCAAAGCACAGCCUGAUGUACUUGAAGAAGAAAAACUCUAUGCUUACCCCAGCAGUAUUACCUCAGAGACAGGAUUCAGGACGAUUUCAAGUCUGGAAGAGAUUGUUGAAAAGCAAGGAGACAUAAUAUUGUACCUGAAACGACACAAUGCACUGCUGAGUAAGAGAUUGUUGGCUUUCACUUCCUGUGACCAAGGUUCCCAGCCAAAUAGAAUGUGAGAGACUCCAGGUCCAGACAGCAAUUGCAGAGGAACCCAGAAUCAUUUAAGACUGUUGACUACCUGGCAAACUACCACAGGAAAUUGUAGCUUUUGCAGAUAAUAUUUUAAAUUUUUGUUGGAAAUCAGAAUUUGGUUCUUACCAGUGUUGCUCUUUCUUAUGUAGGCUUGUGAAUCAUUUGAAUGGUGCUUUGUAGAAGCCUUGAUAAGGAAGAAUGUCUGUUUUGAACACUUGGGGAUUAUUCAAUUGCCUGGUCUAUUUUAGAAAUAAAGGCUGAGUUUCAACAUCUCCUUGACAGUACUUCUGCAUGAAACAAGGACCGUGUCACAAUUGGGCUAUUUAUAGAAUCUACCGUGGGAAACUUUUAAAAAAAAAGACUUUGGUCAAAUAAAUUUAUUUAAAAAUAUUUUAUUUAUUUAUUAAUGGGAAAGAUAGGAGAGAGAGAAAGAAUCGGACAGCUCUCUACAUAUGCUGCUGGGGAUCGAACUCAGGACCUUAUGCUUGAUAGUCCAGUGCUUUAUCCACUUCUCAGGCCACUCAGAUAAAUUCUUACCACUUCACAACACUCCUCAGUGUGGACUUAUGUUGGUAUUGGGGACCUUUGUGCCUCAAGCAUUAAAGUGUUUUUCUGCAUAACCUCUAUUUGUGUGGCACUGAAUGUCCAUGUAGGGUUUUUAUUUGUUUGUUUCUACAUAGUGACAGGCAGAGAGAAAGGGAAAGAGAUAAUAGUCCAAAGAUUCCUUCAGUGCGGUGGGGGCUAGACUCGAACUUAGGUCUCAUGGAUGGCAAAGCAGCACACUAUCCAAGUGAGCUAUUUCAUCAGCCCUUAUGUAGCUUUUUUUUAUUAUUAAUUAUUAUUAUUUUUUAAAAUUUAUGGAAGGGUAAAUGGAUUGCAUUACAGCUACUGACACAUAGAUGAUGAUUUCUGAGCUUCCUGUGGUAGGUGUCUGCAAUACAAUCUCUAGUCCUUUCUUACCCUUAUGAGCCAAGGUCCCCAGUGUUCCCACAACUUCCUCCCUUCUCCAGAGUCCUUUGCUGUGGUGCAAUACAACAAACUCAGUCGAAGUUUUUACUUUGUGUAGCUUUUACAAAAAAAUUUCCUCACAGUAGUACAAAGUUUCAUUAGAUGAUUUAUAAUACAAACUCCUAGUUCUCCAUUCUUCACAAGUAAGACGACAGCUUGGGCCAGUGUUACUAAUCAGGUUCGGUUGACUACUGCUGCUGGUUACAUAAGCAGUGAUUUCUAUUGGCAUCAGCUAAAAUAUUUUGAGAAGACUACAAACUUCAUUCUGCAUUUUCUUACAGAAGCUGUCAUGUAUUUCAGUAUUGACUAUAUCUUUACUAGAUGAGUAAAAGCAUUAAGACCUAUGACACUAGCUUAUAAUUACUUUCAGGAAUAAAAUGUCUAGGCAGGGAAACAGCCUAAUGGUUCUGCAAACAACUUUCAUGUCUGAGGUCCAAGGUUCAAUCCCCUAUAUUACCAUAAACCAGAGCUGAGCUGUGCUCUGGUCUCCUUUUCUCUCCAUAUCUCUCCCUUAUUAAAAUAUUUUUUAAAGGCAUAAAAUGUCAUCAGUUUACUUUAAAAAAAAUCUUAACUAGCAGUAGACAGAGAAUUAGUACAUCACUAUGACAAAUGCAAUGCAGGGACCUCAAUGUUCUUAGGUCCAGUGCUCUAGCCACUGCACUCCCACGUGGAUGGCAUAACAAUUUAGAUAGAUAUCUUUACAUAGCUAAUUUUCUAGAUAAAAUGUAGCUAUUUAUAAGUAAAUACAUUUCUCCAGUUUUUCUAACAUGACCCCCUAAUUUAUCAAUUUGUUAAUGAUUAGUUUAUGUGUUACCUUACAAAGUAAUAGGGUGGGGGUCAGGUGUGGCACACCUGGUCGAAUGCACACAUUGUAAUGUGCAAGGACCCAGAUUCAAGCCUGCUGUCCCAACCUGCAAGCAGGGAAGUUUCAGGAGUGAUGAAACAGUGUUGCAAGUGUUAGAAUGUACAUGUUAUAAUGUUCAAAGAUCUUGGCUCAAGCCCCUGGUUCUUACCUGUGAGGGGAAAAGCUUCCCAGGUGGUAAAGCAGUGCUGCAGGUGUCUUUCCCUUGCUAUCCGCCUCCCCUUCCCUCUCAAUUUCUGUCUCUCUCCAAUAAAUAAAAUAAAUAAACCGUGCUGCA